GCGACUGCGAGAUAAACGAGCACUGUAAAGAUGCAGGCGAACCCGAGUUAUGUGCCGCCAGUGACGCCUGGCACGCCGGACUCGACGCAUUUGAUACUUGGUGCAGCGGGUUACGCGGCCCAUGAGCGGAGGCAACCACACAAGACCUUGAUGAACUGUUUUCGCGAUCGGUCGGCGCCUUCGACGGCAACGGUAUCCCACUAUGUGCGCUCGCCAAGCUCGACUUCGGCGGCUCUGCUACGACUAGAGGGCAGCAUUGGCACCGGCUCGAACAGUGCACUGGACACAGCUGGGGUGAGUGUGUCUGGUGCUGGGAGACCGGAAGCUGUGGUGCUGUUGCGGGAGCUGAGAAGCAAGCCUAAUAAGCUGACGCUGCUUAAGAGCAGCAGCACAAGGGAUCUAACGCGCCUGCUCUUGGAUGAGUCAACUGUACUGGUGUCUAACACCAGCCUGGACAUGUGCUCCUCCAACUCAUCGUCGGCUGGCAGUCCGGCCCAGGGACGCGAGCGGAGUGGGAGUCGUGAGUGCUGUACCGUCUGCUCCAAGCGAUGGCAUAAUCUCAAGCAGCGCAUGCACACGCUGGAGCAGGAUCUGCUGGCACAGGCCAGCUACAGUCAAGAGCUGGAAACGAAACUCUCGGACAUGAGUCGCCAACUGACCGAACUGCUGCAGGAGAAACGCACCCCGAUUGGCGGUUCUGGAGGGAAACGAAGUGGUGUGACGCCGGUGCGACCUUCCAGAUUGGCCGCCUGGAUGAAUCUGGCCAACUGGUGGAAGAGUCGACCCAGCGUGGAAACGCUACGCGAACAACGCAUCUUCUUUGAUGAGCCCUGCUUCGAUACGGAACUGGAGCUAGUACUGAAGCAUGACCAGCAUCGCACAGUGCCACGGAUUGUGGUCGAUUGCUGUGACCUGAUCGAGCAUAAGUACAGAAGAUCCACCCAACCAGUCGAGGGCAUUUACCGCCAAUGCGGCGACUACAAUAAAAUCCAAACACUGCGCUUUAACAUCGAUGCCAACGACUAUGAUGCACUGCGUCAAAAUGGCGUCGAUAUACACACACUGACCGGAGUGCUCAAGCUGUUUUUGCGCGAGAUUAAGAGCCCCUUGGUGAGCGUGAAUGAAGCCAAGACUUUUAUCGGCCUACCAAAUCAAUGGCUGCUCACCGAUCUGAACCAGAAACUGGACACACUCAAGAGACUUAUACGCUCGCUGCCAGAGAUUAAUCGCGACACAAUGGAUUAUCUCUUUGCCCACUUCAAUCGACUCACCAAAGUGCCUUUGCAACAGAUCAGCGCCGAGACGCUUUCGAUAUCAAUAACACCUUCGAUAUUCCACACUGUGCCUCAAGGUGUUCACAUGAACGACAUACAGCAGCUGUUGAGAGAGGGCGAAACCCUGGCUGAUUGUGUGAAGCUAAUGAUUGAGUACCAGGCUCGCAUUUUCGAAUGUACGGCUGAUCGUCGCGUGAAGCGCCUAAGUAUGCGCAACUUGAAGAAGACGCUGUCCCAACCGGAUUUACUUUUUCAAAACUUAUUCUGAUUCCGAUGCCAGAGCUCAAAGUGACCAAAUCAUAAAUAAUUAUCAUAAUAAGUACGACUUUUUUGUACAUAUUUACUUAUAAAUUACGAUUUUAUACUGUACAUAAUUUAGUUAUGAAUAUAUGUAUAUUAACAAUACCUACUGUACUGGUUUUUUUA